GGCUCCUCCUUCGGGCAGCUGACGACGAUCCUGCUGUGAGAAGAAGAAAACGAAGCGCGAAACAUGUCCGGGCGUGACUCCGGAUUGCAAGACCCCGAGGCCGCCUCGGGUUUCUCCGACCUGAGCGACUCCGAGUUGUUGCAGAUAGAAGAGCCGAAGAUCGGGGAACCCCAACUCCUAAGUGGUCCCAGGCCUCAGCAUGUUGAUUCUCGGACAGCUAAUGUGGAAGAAAGGAAGAAGAGGACAGCAAAGAGAAAGAGAAUGAGGAGAACGCCUCUCGAAGCUUUCCACCUGCGCUAUCUCUGCGUCACAGAUCUCUCUGCUCAAGUAUGGUGUGAGCAACAGGCAGUUUAUCACAAAGAAAAGCCAAGUGUGCAAUUGCCAGAGAAGACAACAAUUGUCUUAAAUACAGGAAAGUCCAUCCAUCUUGCCAGAGAACUGCAAGACCAUAACCUGGUGCCCAUCAAGACUAGGAGCCGAGAAGACGGAUGGGCCAUCAAGAUGAUUAACAUCCUCCUGACCAUAACUAAUCUACGAAAAGGUCAGCGUGUGCGGGAAUGUCCGGUCUUUGGCGUUAUAGAAGGCGUUUUCGUGUUUGGGAUUAUUGACCAGCUAAAUUAUACGGCUAAAGGGGAAUUGCAACUGAAUGAGUUGAAGACAAGGGAAAGCGCUUACAUGCCUGUACCUGCGCAGAAGAAGAGGGACCGUUUCCAGGUCUCUUUAUAUAAACAUCUCUUUGAUGCGAUGGUGCAAGGAUGCUUAACCCAAGAUAUCUUCAUACAUCACCUUCAUCUGAAGCCCAAACAGUCGCUUGGCCAGGAGAUCCAAGAACAUGCUCAAAAAGCUGGAUUCAUGGUACAGUGCUUCGAAGACCUCCUGGAGCUGGUGCUCCUCAACUUGACCCACUCAGACAUUCCAGCCAUCGACAGCCUUCAAAUUGAGUACAUUCAUCAGAAGACCAACACGUUGCUGGGCACAGAAGUCAUCACCUAUAACCACGAUGAAUUGAUGUCCAUGUCCCAUUAUUUCUUAGCCUAUUGGAAAGGCCAAAGGGAUCCCAAUGGAGUGGACAUUGAAGACACUUGGAAAUGCUCCUAUUGCGUCUUUGCUGACGUCUGUGAUUGGCGCCGGCAGAGAGCGGACAGCCUAAUCCAAAAGGGCAGGGAGAAGACAACCUGAGCGAGAGCCAAGCCUACCCUAGCCAACUCCCUGCUCCGCCCUUCUGCCAUUCUUCCAACAGUACCCGGGCUUGCUAAAGAUGGUAGAAGCUGUAGCCCAUUGUGUUUUCAACAAGACUUCCUUAGGUCUGUGAAUUUAUUGGAUUGGCCCAACUCCUCCUUGCUCAGGAGCCAAAUGACUGUAGUUUCACUGUUUUUCUCUGUCUUUCUGUCACAAAGCUCAAUAUUCUGAAUGUGAACUUGACACCAAGGUAUGGGUAUUGAUGGGUGGGUGUGCAAAUGUGUGCAUAUUUGAAAAUAUUCCCAGGUCAAAAUAUUUUAUUGUGAUAAAUUUGCAUAGUAUUUUUCUCUUAACCUGGACAGCCAUAAACUGGACUACUACAGUAGUGGCCCAAAUUGUGGAAACCUUUUGGGAAAAGUGUAUUUUUGAAAUCUGAUGGCGAACAACACUGCUUUUUGGGGGGAGUUUCAAGAUAAUCCUAUUCUACUGCUGGAAUGGCCUGGGAAUAGCUCAGAUCUUAACCCAAUUGAAAAUCUAUGGAGCAGCCGACUAAAGAAACUUGUUAGUCAGUCGCGACACAGCAAUAAAACCCAGUUAAUAGAAGCAAUCAUUCAAUCUUGGUUUCACAUUAUAACAGCUGCAGAACUAAAAGACUUGGUUCACUCCAUGGGAAGACAUUGUAAGGCCGUAAUUCAUGCUGAAGGUUACCCAACUAAGUAUUAACUCACAUGGUGAUAAUUUUUGUACUGUAUAUCUCGUUUUUUCUAUGGUGAUAAUUUUUGUGUAUCUCAUUUUUUCUACGUGUUUCACUUUUCUUCUUUAUACUAUAACUGCUAUUCUAAUAGCAAAUCCUUCAUAAAAGUUAUUGCAUUACAUUCUUGAUUAAUUAUCUUUUCAUUGAUAUAUAAUUUUAUGAUACUACUCCCCAAAAAAGUGGUGUUAUUAGCUAGUUUUAGAAAAUACACUUUUCCCAAAAGGUUUCCACAAUUAUUGCCACUACUGUAUACUAAUCCAACGCAUCUAGACAGGUUCAGCAUCCUCUGGUUCUCACCCAAAGGCAAUCUAGGACAGUGGUCCCCAAUCUUUUGGGCACCAGGUACCAGUUCCACGGAGAAUGGUUUUUCUGUAGACCGGAGGGUGUGUGAAUUCAUGUGCUGCCUGCAUCCUGCAGAUGGGGCUUCGCUUGUUUGCAUGGCCCAGUUUCUGGCAUGCCAUGGUCUAGUGCUGGUCCAUGGACCGGGGGUUGGACACUCCAGGUUUAGGGGAUGCACCUUCUCUCUUAGCCCUGCCCUCUGGAACAGCAUCUCUCUCCCUCCAUCAAGACCUGUGUGAAAUGGAGAUUUUGUUAUACUUUAAACUAUUCCUCCAUCAUAAAUUUCUUCUACAGGUAGCCUUCGAUUUAUCACCACAAUUGAGCCCAAAAUUGUUAACUUGAGUUUUGCCUCAUUUUAUGAUCUUUCUUGCCACAGUUGCUAAGUGAACCACUAGAGUUGUUAACUUAGUAACACGGUUAUUAAGUGAAUCUGGCCUCCCCAUUGACUUUGCUCGUCAGAAGAUCUAAAAAGGAGAUCACAUGACCCCAGGACUCUGCAACCAUCAUAAAUAUGAGUCAGUUGCCAAGCCUCUGAAAUUUUUUUUUCAUAUUUUAUUUAUAUAACACUCAAUUUUCAUCAAACAGUGUGUAUUCUGGGUACAAUUAUAUUUUGAUAUAAUUUUAUACAUUUUCAUUAUAUUUAUAGUCAACCUCAUAUUAAUAAUAUAAUAACAUUAUGAUAUAAUAACCUUAAUACUUACCAUUUAACAUUAUCUCCUUUAACGAUGCUCCUCUGUCCCAUUUCAUUUCUAACUUCUAUUUCUAUUCCAUUGAUAAAAUGUUGUUGUUAGUUACGAAGUCAUGUCCGACCCAUUGUGACCCUAUGGACAACGUUCCUCCAGGCCUUCCUGUCCUCUACCAUCCUCCGGAGACCUUUAAGCUCAUGCCUACCCUUGAAAAGUGUUCGGAGACUACAGUUGAUCCAGAAUGCAGCUGCGCAAACUGUCGUGGGUGCACCUAGAUACACCCACAUUUCACCAAUUCUCCGCGAGCUGCACUGGCUCCCUAUUGGUCUCUGGUCACAAUUCAAGGUGUUGGUUAUUACCUUUAAAGCCCUACAUGGCUCAGGGCCAGGUUAUCUUCGAGACCGCCUUCUGCCGCAUAGCUCCCAGUGACCAGUAAGAUCCCACAGAGUUGGUCUCCUCCAGGUCCCGUCAGCUAAACAAUGUCGGCUGGCGGGCCCGCGGGGGAGGGCCUUCUCUGUGGCUGCCCCAGCUCUCUGGAACCAGUUACCUCCUGAGGUCCGGACCAUCCCCACCCUAUUGGUCUUCUGAAAAGCGGUGAAGACCUGGCUUUUCCGGCAGGCCUAGGGCCGUUGAUCUCGCUCUUGUGAUCUGGCGAGAUCCGGCCAUGUAUGGUGUGAAUGAGUUUUUAAUGUUUUUAAUGUUUUUUAAUUUUUCAAUAUCUUUUUAUAAUGAUUUUUUAAAUGUAUUGUGAGCUGCCCUGAGUCUUCGGAGAAGGGCAGCAUAUAAAUUUAAUUAAUUAAAUUAAUUCAGUGACUCCAUUCAGCCACCUCAUUCUCUGUCGUCCCCUUCUUCUUUUGCCCUCAAUCUUUCCCAGCAUUAGGCUCUUCUCCAGUGAGUCCUUCCUUCUCAUUAAGUAGCCAAAGUAUUUUGAGUUUCAUCUUCAGGAUCUGGCCUUCUAAAGAGCAGUCAGGGUUGAUCUCCUCUAGGACUGAAUGUAUCAUCUCUGAUAUGGGAUAAUAUGUAUCCCAUAUCAAAAAGUAUUCAGUUUCUUCUUUAUCUUUUUUUUUUUUAUUGUAAAAGUUUUACAAUUACAUUUUCACCCCAUUUUCACCCCCCUAAC